AUGGUUUGGGUUCAAUUUUCUGGUUUAAUCUUGGAAUAUUGGGAUGAAAAAACUUUAUUCACAAUUAGCAGAGCAAUUGGGAAUCCAAUCAAGGUUGAUGCAGCUACCUUAAAUUACCAGAGUGGUUUUUAUGCUAAAGUUCUUAUUGAAGUGGAUUUAGCAAAACAAAUUCCUAAUAAGCUAUGGAUCAUCACCAGAUAUGGAGCUUUCUCUCAGGGGGUAAUUCUCACAAACUUACCUAAAUUUUGCAGUAAGUGUAAGAUUAUUGGACACUUAUCAACUGAAUACAGAUUCAACAAACAAAUCCCUGUUGGAGUUAAUGUCAACAACACUCCUACCCAUCCAAAAAAACUUAAUGGAAAUGUUUCUCCUAAUUCAUUGAACAUUUUAACCCCAAAUAUUUCAUCUUCAACUCUGCAAAAUUCUGAGAUACCACAACCUUCAUUCCCACCAAAAACAGGUACCUCAGGGGAUCCUCCUCCAACUAUUGUAGCAGAGACAUUACUUGUGGUUCCUCCCACUUUGGAGAUUUUGGUUACUUCCCAACAGGUAGAUACUGCUACUAAUCCUACUUAUGGCAUUCUUGUAAGUCCCAACAAAUAUAAAAUUCUUCAGGAUAAUAAUGAUGAGGAUUCUAGCUCUGGAGAUGGUGAAAUCAAGGAGGUUAGUGCUUCAAGUUUAUUGGAAUUUGGUACUAUUCCUCAGCAUGUUACUAUUGUUCCUAAUAUUGAAUGA